CCUCUUGCAUUGUGAAAAAUUCUUAACCAAUCACGUAUUCGCUUUCAAACGUCACUCGGUGUUUGUGCUCUUGAUUACGCUCGUCAUCCCAAAUAGGGGCAAAGUGUUUCGUACUUGCGGUUUAGUAAACUUCGUUAACUUUAAUUAGGCGACUGUGGACUCUGCUUUUACGUUGGAUUCUGUUUAUCACAAAGUUUUCACUUGUCUUUCAACUUUUAGAGGGAAAAUGUUCCCGUAACAAAGGUAAAUCACAUGAAUUUGUAAACAGUUGUUUUCCGCAUUGGGACGAUUAAGAGUGACCCGAAAUUCUAUCUCAGAGAGCUUCCGAGGUUAUAUGUCAUACUCUUCAAGUGGAUUACUCAGUGAAACGAAUAUUUUUUCUAUCUAUUUUCAGUGACCAUGGAAAUUAAAAAGCUUCUCAGACUGGAUGUUGAUGGUUAAUGAAAUUUUAUUGUUUUUAACAUUGAUAAGAUAGACAUUGUGUAUUGGGUGUAAAUAUUAUGGCUGAUUACGUGACAGAGAGCGGACGAGUGGAUGGUUCGUGGGAACUGACCAUUGAGGUUACAGACGUCCAGGUGGAAAAGAAACUUAGGGUCAAUGGAGACCUCCACAUAGGAGGCGUCAUGGUGAAACUGGUGGAGGCACUAGACAUUGCGGCAGAUUGGUCCGAUCAUGCCCUCUGGUGGCCAGACAAAAACCAGUGGCUGUUGCGGUCCCGCUCAACACUGGACCAAUAUGACGUCCAGGCCGAUGCCAAACUUCUUUUUACUCCCAUGCAUAAAAACGUCAGACUUCAGCUCCCAGAUCUCCAGAUUCUGGACAUGAGAAUGAACUUCUCAACAAAAGUUUUCUCUGCAAUCACCUCCUUGUGUAAAGAAUUAGGAAUUAGAAAUCCUGAAGAAAUGUCAGUGAUGAAAUUCAUGGACAAGGAUGAUUUAAAAAAGAACAUUAAGGAACACUUAAAUACAAAGAAAAAGAGGGAUUCCCUGCACGACCAGAUGCCAACUAGUAAUGGCAUCAACCACUCCAACACAGGAAGUCUGGACAGACUUAGUCCAUUCCCAAACAGGAGUCCUGGUGGUCCAUCUCCUAAUAACACACUAGGCCGCUCACCAGGUUUUAAUUCUCCUUCACCCUACAACACAUUGAAUGGCACAAUGUCCCCAGGAUCCAUGUACAGCUUGUCUUUUGAGGGCGGCAUGGAGUCAGCUCUGGCUAAUAGCCCACCAAUACCCAUGAAAGAGGCUCUACAGUACCUUCACAAACCCAAAAAUCUCACAGAUAAAGCCCGUAUUAACUUUGCGUGGCUAGAUUCUUCCAGGUCCUUAAUGGAGCAAGGAAUUAGGGAUAAUAAUUUCCUUCAACUGAAAUUUAAAUUUUAUAACUUCUACGAUUUGAAUACUAAGUAUGAUGCUGUGAGGAUUAACCAGAUCUAUGAACAAGCCAAAUGGAGUAUAAUGUCCGAGGAAAUCGACUGUACAGAGGAAGAAAUGAUGAUGUUUGCAGCUCUGCAGGUUCAGGUUCAGAUGCAGGUGGGACAGUCUCAGCCCCCCAGUGAUUCCUCCAUUAUGGACCACAGCACCCCCCACAUGGAGGGAGAUGACAUUGAUGCUGAUCUGUCAAACUUAGAGCAGUCUUUACAAGUGGCCAAUAUCUCUUCUCAUGGGGACAUAACAUCAAUACCAGAACUCGGUGGCUACGUCAAGUGGUUCAAACCUAAAAAGUUUACAUUGAAAAGCUACAAGAGAGCCUGGUGUGUCUGUAAGGAUUUAUUUAUUGCCUUCUUCAAGAGUCAGGAGGAGGCCACAGGAAGUCCAAUGAUGAAAAUAUCCAUCAAAGGCUGUGAAGCUCACCCAGAUCUGAACAUUUCACAUGCUAAAUAUGGAAUAAAGCUUUUCAUCCCAUCACCUGAAGGAAUGUCUGAAUUGUGGCUGAGGUUUGAAACGGAAGAUGAGUAUUGCAAGUGGAUGGCAGCAUGUAAGUUGGCUUCCCAGGGUAAAACAAUGGCCGACAGUUCCUAUGAUACUGAGGUUCAGAGCCUGCGGACGCUUUUGAGCCGACAGACCCCCACUGAUGCCCCUGUGACCCCCAUACAGGUGGAUAUUAAGAAUCCAGAGGACUAUGUGGCACCCAGAUUCUACAAGAAAUUAAAAGGGAAACAGCUGGAAAAGAGAAUAUUAGAGGCACAUGCUAAUGUCCAGAAUCUUCCACUGAUGGAGGCCAAGAUGGCAUUUAUAAAAGCUUGGCAGUCUCUUCCUGAUUACGGCAUCAGCUACUUCAUCAUCAAGCAGAAGAAUGCCAAGAAAGAGGAACUUCUGGGAGUAUCGCCAAACAAAAUAAUGCGAAUGGACUUGAACUCUGGUGAUUCCAUAAAAACUUGGCGUUAUGGAAGUCUGAAAUCAUGGCACGUAAAUUGGGAAGUGCGACAUGUUAUUUUAGAAUUUGAAGGCGAGACAUUAACCUUUGCUUGUUUGAGUGCUGACUGCAAAGUGGUGCAUGAGUUCAUAGGAGGAUACAUCUUCCUUUCAAUGAGAUCAUCAGACAAAAAUCAAACACUCAAUGAAGAAUUAUUUCAUAAGUUAACUGGAGGAUGGUACUAAACUAUUUAACUUACGAGUGUAAAUCUGUGAUCUGCAAUAGUGUGCCUAAAAGUCUGUCAAAUAUAUUCACUGUAAGUGAUCCUUUAUUUGGGCAAAAUAUUUUGUUCCAUUUAAUAAGGGAAAAAAAUGUGGAUACAUGUUUAAGGAAAUAAGUGAAACCACAGUGUUGGAGCUCAUGAUAUAUACAUGUACCUUGUGCAUGUGAAAUAUUUUGAUUCAUUUUUUCCCAGCUUUAUUUCUGUAUUCAAGCAAGCCAGCAGGUCAUCUUCAUUUAGCAUUACCGUCAUUUCUUUUCAUUUCUUUGUAUUAUUUUAUAUGUAUCUGAUGUUUUAUAUAGAACCUUUUUUUUUUUUUUUGCUGUAUCAUGCCAGAGUGGUGUGUUCAUAAUGCAUGCAAGAUGUGAAAUUAUAUUGGUCACAUGAUUAAUCAUGUGACUGUCAAAGGUUUAUUGUGUCAUAUGUAUGGUAUAAAUAUUUAAUAUGCUGAUCAUAUUGUAAAAUAUACUCAGCUGUUUGUCCAGAUAUGCUGUGCAGGCAUACAUUUAUGUAUUCCAGUAUGGGAAUAGAUAAAAUUACUUGUACCUGUUGAUAACCACAAUAACCAACCAAUCCUUACAAGGUUUUACGUUUUAAUUAGAGAAAAUAUUGAAAUUUUAUGAUGCAUGAACAUGAUGAACCUUGGACAGCUUUAUAGAAAACCCCCGAUGAUUUUAUCCCCACAAAACCAUGUGUUACUUGUAGUACAUGUAUGAACAGUAAAGUUAAACAAAGUAUGUGCAACAUAAUUCUACUGGUAUUCACACAAUAUAUUUAUAAUUCAUGUAUGUAUGUAUGUGUAUCACCCUAGGUUUAUUCUUAAUGGUUUUACUAUAAAUAUUUGACCUUUUAUUUAGAAAGUUUGUGAAAGCUAGAGAAAUGGGCAAGAAUUUGUAUGACCCAGAUUUGGUGGGAAAAAUGAAAGCUUGAAGUUGAAAUAAUUGUUAUCUUAUUAAAAAAAAUUAUAUGAAGCUUAUGAAAUGUAAAAGAAAGCUAAACCCUUCCUUAAGCCCUGUGCUGUUUACCAAUAAAAUGUUGCUGUAUAUUCUUCUGCAGGUGUCUUCAGAAGAGCAUGUUAUUAAAAUAAUGUAUCGUCAUGAAAUUAAAAAAAGGAAUAAACAGGCAAAGGCU